GCUGAAUCCAUACGCGCGGCGCCGCCGAAGGUGGGGCGUAGGCUAUGGUGGUCCCGGGACUGAGGGAUGAGGUCGCCAUGGCGCCCGGCUGCAAAACUGAGUUACGCAAUGUGACAAAUUGUCAGCCUGAUCAGCUAAGUAGUGGUGAUGCCAUCAAAGUUUUUGUGAGAAUUCGUCCCCCUACAGAGGGUUCUGGAUCAGCUGAUGGAGAGCAAAACUUAUGCUUAUCUGUGCUCUCUUCUACAACCAUCCGGCUGCACUUGAACCCUGAGCCCCAGACCUUCACAUUUGAUCACAUUGCAAAUAUGGACACCACUCAGGAGUCUUUUUUCUCAAUGGUGGCAAAGCGUAUUGUGGAGUCUUGCUUGAGCGGCUAUAAUGGUACCAUCUUUGCAUAUUAUGUGUUGUUGGGAGGCUGGAGAAACAGACGUGUGGCAUCAACAUCAAUGAAUAGAGAAACUUCUAGGUCUCAUGCAGUCUUUACAGUUACAGUGUCAAUGGAAAAAAGCAACGAGACUGUGAAUAUACGGACUUCUCUACUCAAUCUGGUAGAUUUAGCAGGAUCUGAAAGGCAAAAAGACACCCAUGCAGAAGGGAUGAGAUUGAAGGAAGCAGGUAACAUAAACCGAUCAUUGAACUGCUUGGGCCAAGUGAUUACUGCACUUGUUGAUAUGGGCAAUGGGAAACAGAGACAUGUGUUCAGAGACUCCAAACUCACCUUCUUACUCUGGGAUUCCCUUGGAGGUAAUGCCAAAACAGCCAUAAUUGCAAAUGUUCAUCCUGGAGCCAGGUGUUUUGGGGAAACCCUGUCAAUGCUUAAUUUUGCUCAAAGAGCCAAGCUGAUUAAAAAUAAGGCAGUGGUAAAUGAAGACACCCAAGGAAAUGUGAGCCAGCUCCAAGCUGAAGUGAAGAGGCUCAAAGAACAGCUUGCUCAGCUUGCUUCAGGGCAGGUGCCACCAGAAAGAUUCCUGAGCACAGACAAAAAUGAGACUAAUUACAUGAAGUAUUUCCAAGAGGCAAUGUUAUUCUUUAAGAAAGCUGAACAGGAAAAGAAGAUGGAGCACCACCCCAGAGUGGCAAAGUAUGCUAUGGAAAAUCAUUCCCUCAGGGAGGAGAAUAGAAGACUGAUAUUAUUAGAGCCCGUGAAAAGAGCCCAAGAAAUGGAUGCCCAGACCAUUGCAGUACUAGAAAAAGCUUUCUCCAAACUAUUUGGCACAGAGAAAAGUGACAAAAGUCAUCAAGGAUUCUCUCCUAAAACUCUGAAAGAGCCAUGUUCAUUAGCAAACACUGAGAAGCUAAAGGCACAACUCCUGCAAAUUCAGACAGAGCUAAACAAUUCAAAGCAAGAAUAUGAAGAAUUCAAGGAGCUAACUAGGAAAAAGCAAUUAGAAUUAGAAUCGGAGCUUCAGUCUUUGCAAAAAGCAAACCUUAAUCUUGAAAACCUUUUGGAAGCAACAAGGGCCUGCAAGCGGCAAGAAGUUUCUCAACUGAAUAAAAUUUGUGCGGAAACACUUAAGAUUAUAACUACACCAACCAAAGCAUAUCAACUUUGGUCUCGACCAGUACCAAAAUUAAGCCCAGAAAUGGGGAGCUUUGGCUCUGUGCACAUUAAGAAUUCUAGCAAAUUAGAUUCUGAUAUCUUAAAUGAGCCAAUACCACUUGAGAUGAGUGAACAAGCUUUUGAGGCCAUUUCUGAAGAGCUUAGAAUGGUGCAGGAACAAAUGAAUGUCCUUCAAGUUAAGUUGGAUGACGAAGAACAUAAAAACCUAAAGCUUCAGCAGUACAUUGACAAAGUAGAGCAUCACUCAGUACAGAUGCAGGAGUUUUUUUGGUCAGAAAGAACUAACUGGACCAAACAACAGCAAGAACAUCUCUCACAGUUGAAUGUCGUUGAAAAGCAGCUCCAGGACACGCAAGCUAAGAAUGUAAUUUCGAAAAGUGAAGUGCAUGACCUGCGAGUAGUUCUUCAUUCUGCAGACAAGGAGGUCUCUUCGGUGAAACUGGAAUAUUGUUCAUUCAAAGAGAGUCAGGAGAAAGAACUCAAUAACCUUCCUGAAAGACACAUGCACAUAUAGCUUCAACUCGAUAAUGUCAGAUUAGAAAAUGAAAAGCUUCUUGAGAGCAAAGCCUGCCUACAGGAUUCCUAUGACAACUUACAAGAAGUAAUGAAGUUUGAAAUUGACCAAUUUUCAAAAAACCUCCAAACCUGCAAAAAAGAUAAUGAAACUCUGAAAUCUGACCUGAAUAAUUUGAUGGAGCUUUUUGAGGCAGAAAAAGAUCGCAAUAACAAACUAUUAUUACAAUUUGAAGAACAUAAAGAAAACAGUUCUAAAGAAAUCUUAGAAGUUCUUGAGGCUGUACGACAGGAGAAACAGAAAGAGAUGGCCAAGUGUGAACAGCAGAUGGCAAAAGUACAAAAACUAGAAGAGAGUUUGUGUGCUACUGAAAAAGUAAUCAGUUCUCUGGAGAAAUCUAGAGAGGCUGACAAGGAAGUUGUAGCUGACCUCAUGAGCCACAUCCAGGAGCUAAGAACUUCAGUUUGUGAGAAAACAGAAAUUAUUGAUACCCUGAAGCAAGAAGUAAAGGACAUAAACUUCCAAUACAGCUCUGUUUUGGUUGACAAAGAAGAGAGCAAAGGCUUGAUUAAGAGACAGGAAAUGGAGAUUCUGGACCUGAGAGAAACCAUUAGACUGAGAAUACUUUCUGAGGACAUAGAGAGGGAUAUGCUCUGUGAGGAUCUGGUUCAUGCCACUGAGUAGCUGAACCUGCUCACUGAGGCCUCGAAAAAGCACUCAGGGCUACUGCAGUCUGCCCCGGAUGAGCUGACCAGGAAGGAGACCCUGAUCCAGGAACUUCAGCACCAGCUAAACCAAAAGAAAGAGGAAGUAGAACAGAAAAAGAAUGAAUAUAACUUCAAAAUGCAGCAGCUGGUACACGUGAUGGAUUCUGCUGCCGAGCAACCCCAGAGCCCGAGAACACCACCUCAUUUUCAAACACAGUUGGCAAAACUACUGGAAACACAAGAACAAGAGAGAGAAAAUGGAAGAGCUUCUAAGAUCUCUCUGCAACACCUUGUAAUAAAGCUAAAUGAAGAUAGGCCAAAAAUGCUGAAAUCCUCAGAAUGGACAGUCGCCAACAGUCAUCUAGACAGUCAACAACUGAAGAAUGAACAGGAAGCAAUUAUCAAAGAAAGGCUUGCUAAAAAGAAAUUAGUUGAAGAAGUGCUGAAAAUGAAAGCAAACCUAGAGGAAGUCCAGAGUACCCUUCAGAGCAAAGACACAGAAUGCCUUAGAAUGACUGAGGAGGUCGAGCGAACCAGAACUUUAGAGUCUAAAGCAUUCCAAGAAAAGGAACAACUGAGAUCAAAGCUCGAGGAGUUGUAUGAAGAAAAGGAAAGAAUAUUCCAGGAGAAGGAAAUGUUAAGGAAGCAGGUGGAAUGUCUUGCUGAAGAAAAUGGGAAGUUGGCAGGUCACCAAAACCUGCAUCAAAAGAUUCAGUACAUAGUGCAGCUAAAGAAGGAAAAUAUCAGACUUGCUGAGGUAUUAGAAAAGCUACAUGUUGAAAAUGUGUCUUUAAAAGAAAAGAAAAAGAAUGCAUCUUAAGGAUCCUGGUCAACUACCUAGGUAUCACCUUGUUUGGAAACUUUUUUCCUCUUAAUAAAAGCGAAACCUAUA